CAAGAUGCACCUGAAGGAUUUUCUACUGUUUUAUACACCGGCUUUGUUACUUGUCUGCAGCUACCAGCAAGUUGCAGGACAAACAGCUGGCUGUACUGUGCGAGAUGGUGUAACAAAAUCGGUUAUCUGUUCAGGAGAAUUGGAAGUUCACCAAAUUGAGAAUUUCUUUAGACAGCUAGUUCAACAUGGCAUGAUGAGGUUCGACGAACUGUGGAUCUCCGACAACGCUCUUAUACAGCGUCUGCCGGUCGGGUUUCUGGGCGAGCUCCAAUUCACUCACAUUUCGAUAGUUUCUUGUCCAAACCUCGUUCAAGUGGAUGAUUUUCUCGGGGCUUCGAGCGACUCACUCCUCAGCUUGAAUCUGCAUUGGAACGGUUUGUCGGAAGUACCCCAACUGACCGCCCCCAAACUUUACGAACUCCACGUUUACCAGACGGAAAAACGCAUUGUGAUUCGGAGAGCAGCGUUCGAACGUUCGAGGGGCAUCGUGAAACUCGAUUUCAGGAAGGCUAUAGUUGAACCUUUCGCCUUUUUCGACUUGAAGACGUUAGGUUUCCUCUACAUCCGGAAUAUUUCGCCGAAACCACUGGUCGCGGGCUCAUUCAACUUCGACUCUCCAGGGCUUAGCUACAUUGAGCUGACGUCAGAAGACCCUUGGGAAGGACACAUCGAACCAGGGACAUUCGGAGGAUUCGUGAGCAGUACCUGGUUUAGAUUGGGAACUGCAGCCAACGUUUCACCAGCCGUUUUCUUCCCAGUCUUAAACAGUUCUGCUGUUUUCGAGAUUGGCGUUCCCGUAAAGUGUGAUUGUCAAGUAGCUUGGAUCCGACUGUCAUCCUUCCUGCCUCGUACGACCAUCCGCUGCGCCACCGAAACUUCCUCUGUCAUGCUGCAAGACGUUGAUGAAGCUGAAUUUAAGGACUGUGGCUCCUUCUGCACCGUCUAAGGCUCUCCUCCGCAGCAGUCAUGAGCUUUCACAUCUUUGACAAAAGAGAUGGAAGAUUUUAAUUAUUUCUGGGAUAAUCUAAAAAAAAAAAAAAAAAAAAAAAAAGAAGUUUUGGAAUAUAUAUUUGAUUUUUAGAAUUCGACUUGUAAUGGUUGUUUUCCAGAGAAUAAACUGAUUCACAAGUUUAUGUAAUUCAUCUAUGAUAUUUUGUCUCUAGUCAGUGAUAUUUCUAAAUUAAAUAUCUGGAGACAGGUUCACCUCAUAAUUUACUUUUUUUUUUGUAAUUCUUAAGUGAAAUUUGACAAAUAAACAUAUCAACCACAA